UGUAGUUAGCGCGGCGUGUUCGUCAUUUAACGUUAUGCGCGCGCUCCGUCCUUCUCGUUGCUGUAGGGUGUUGUAGUUGUUGCUGUAGCUCGGUUGCGCGUGCAUUGUACUCGCCAGCAGGGCCAUGGACAAGCUGCGCGCCUUGUUGCAGAGGACAGUCAGACAGUACAUGGGCGCAGACCAGUUCGGGAAUAAAUAUUAUUACGUCCCUGAGCAGAAAACCUGGACAGGUCAGAAAACCCGGGCAAAGAGAAUUAUUGAAUCGGUGAAUAAAAAAGAAUUCGAGUACGAGCUUGGCCACAUUCCCACAGAAUGGGAAGCUUGGAUCCGAGGCAAAAGAAAGGAUCCGCCAACAAUUGAGGAAAUUCUUAGGAAUGAAAAAUUAAGAGAAGACGUAAAAACCAAAGCCAAUGAAGUUGCAGAAAAGGAACAAAUGCAACAGAGCCAAGAAAAUAAGGAUGGAGAUCUAAUCCCGCCGCAAAAGACUCAAAUAAAGGGACAUGCAUCAGCCUCUCUCUUUGGCAGACAGAAGCCCUCUGAAGAGCCAGCCAGCACUGGGAAUACAUUUCAGCCGGGAUCCUGGUCACCAACACAGAAGAAGUAAAAAAUACAAGUUCUGUGAUGUAACUGUCACAGGAAUGAUUUCCGUUCAUCUGUAGCGUCAACAAUGGCUAUUAAAGUUGUAUGUUAACCU